UGCACAGCAUCUUGGGGAGUUCAAAGCCGGAGGGACAGGGCAAGAAUUUCACAGCUACACAAUCAGAGAUCAGAUAGCAGAGCCUCAAGAAGGAUGAGCUUCGAGGCGACGACAGGGGGAGAGAGACCGCCGAACACGACUCACGGGGGUAAGGGCUUUCACGACGACGUAAUGUUUAGAGCAGUCAGUAGAGUGAAGGCCCAAGAAGGAUUAUCAGUUUGACCAGCUACGGCGAUCUCAGCACUGGUGGGGAGAGUCUCACAAAGCUCUGAGCUAGCGAGAGGGAAAUGGACUCAAGAGACAAUUUGCUUUGAAAAUAAAAACUAAUUAGACUAUAAGCAUCUCCUACACAUCCCUGCGUGAAGCAGAGCUGGCGUGGGGAGAGACACAGUGAGAAUUAAUCAAUUAGCCGAGGAUCCCUUCCGUGAUUAGGUCUCUCAAAUACAAGAAAAUUAGUCACAGGAGCAUGGGAGUCUUAUAAUUUCAUUAGAUUGGGAGAUUGCAUAAGGAGAGCACCCUUUUACCUUGAUGAUUGGUAGGGAUCAAGAGUCGAAGGCUAAGCAGACUCGAAGAAGAAGGAAGAGGGUGUGAGAGAGACCGAAACGCCACGACAAGCCACUGGCCCAUGAAAAUUAAUUGACGAUCUUGUCGGGAGACAAAGCAUGAGUUGGUGAUAGACAGUGACGAGUGUAGCUGGAUCACAUGGCAUGAGAGGCCGAGACGAGAGGGAGAUCUGCAAGAGUAGAAGCCGUUAAUGGGGAGCUCCAAAUGGUAUUAGAAAUUAGGGUAAGGGAGUGGUCUUUGUUAAUUUGUUAAAUAUUUCCAAAUUUUUUUUAGAUUAUAUACACUGAGACGGGACAAGGACAGGAUAACCCAGUCCCAUGUCUCGUCUGGUCCUGAAAUUAUUUUGUCCCAUCCCAUCCCAUCCCAAAGUCGUUAGGAUUAGGACAGACCCAUAUAGAUUUGUUUAUAGAUCCAGUGAUACUCCAAAAUUUAUCAAUAGACUGAUUUAAAACUAUGAAAAAAUUAGCCUUUUUUUAUUAUAUUGGAAAUGGUAAUGAUCCGGCCAAAAGAGGAUUAUUUAGAGCAGGCUCAAUGGAUAAUGAAGAUAGAACAACCUAUCUUCUAUCUUUAGUGAUAAAGGGAAAAGGCAAUAGACCGGGAAAAGCCACAGAUAGGAAAGAAGAUGAGAGGCAAAAUCAUCACCCAGAAGGAAGUAUUGCUGGCCCUGCUAAGAGAAGAAGCUGAGGGAACUAUACAAAAGAAACACACACGAGGGCAUGGCUGAUAUUCAAUUAGAGCCAGAAUUGGGUUUGAUUGGAGCCGUAUAUUUCGAGCAAUUGAAGAUUACUCGGCAUUGCCUGUUGGUUGGUUCCCGGUGCUUGACGCUUCGCUGCUGCUCUACGAAGAAAUCCUAUUUCAGACAACAAACCCCUGCAAAUAAUUCGCAUCACUGCAAAAUCUUAACUUUGUGGGCAGCAAGUUGAGCAACCAUUUUUUGUUGGCCUCAGAGCAACCAGUUAAACUCAAGAGUGAGGAAUGGAAUUUGUUUUGGUGUCAUUAAACGGAAUUUUAUGCACCUUUUAUUUAUUUUAUUAUUUUCUCGUUUUCGGUAUCCUUCCCGAACCCGGUCUCAUUGCGUUUAUGACAGUUCACAGUUGUUUCAGCCGGCUUUUAUUGAAUAGAAAAUUUCUUCGCUCUGACCUUGACUAAACCCCCGGCCGCGGCAGUUGACUUUUGAAUACUGGUGCGAAGGAGCCUGCUUUUACUCAAUCUCUUGAACAGAGUGACUUACUGCACUUUUAUAGUAUUAAAUUAACGUGUAAACAAUAGUGGAAGGGAAAAAGAGAAAUAGAAGAGGGGAGAAAAAGAAGGGGAAGAGAGAGGAACAUGAACGAAAUCGGGUGUUUAACGAGGAAUGAUUUGAUCGCAGCGUUGAUCUGAAUAACGCUAGAACGCUAGCGUAUCUCGUGGGAUUAAGGCACCUAUUCUCCCUCUCGUUCUAAUUUUGGUUAACAACGGGAAGACAAAGUGCUCGAUUCAAAUGGGGAUUUGCUGGGGUUCUCCAGAGGACAACCCAGGCAUCACCAGCACAUCUGAUCACCUUAGUGCAGCUACAACGGGAACAUCCCGGACUACCAGCAAUGCUACUACCGCUACUACUUCUUACGGGAGCGGAAGCAUCUCCAUAAAUAGCCAGUUUUCCGAGUCCAGUGGUGGCGAAGCUUAUCCAAAUGGGCAGAUUUUGCCUGCUGCAAAUUUAAGGACAUUCACUUUUGCAGAAUUGAAGGCUGCUACUAAGAAUUUUAGAGUUGAUACAGUACUUGGAGAAGGAGGCUUUGGAAAAGUCUUCAAGGGUUGGCUUGAAGAAAAGGCAACACCAAAAAAUGGAAGUGGAACGGUCGUUGCCGUUAAAAAAUUGAACUCAGAGAGCUUACAAGGAUUUGAGGAAUGGCAGUCGGAAAUAAAUUUUCUGGGACGGCUUUCUCAUCCUAACCUCGUUAAGCUGUUAGGAUACUGUUGGGAAGAAAAUGAGCUUCUUCUCGUCUAUGAAUUCAUGCAAAAGGGCAGUCUGGAAAAUCAUUUAUUUGGAAGGGGUUCUGCUGUUCAACCACUUUCAUGGGACAUUAGGCUUAAGAUUGCAAUUGGAGCGGCUCGUGGUUUGGCAUUCUUGCACACAUCUGAGAAAGUAAUUUACCGUGAUUUCAAGGCCUCCAAUAUAUUGCUCGAUGGGUCUUAUACUGCAAAAAUUUCAGACUUCGGCUUGGCAAAAUUGGCACCUUCAGCUAGUCGAUCCCAUGUAACAACAAGGGUGAUGGGCACGUUUGGCUAUGCGGCUCCUGAAUAUGUGGCAACAGGGCAUCUGUACGUGAAGAGUGACGUGUAUGGAUUUGGAGUUGUUUUGGUUGAGAUCCUGACAGCCCUUCGGGCACUAGAUCAAAACCGCCCCAGCGGCCAACAUAGUCUUGUGGACUGGGUGAAACCAUACUUACAUGAUGGAAGAAAAUUGAAGAGCAUAAUGGAUUCACGGUUGGAGGGAAAAUAUCCAUCCAAAUCUGCUUUUCGUAUAGCUCAACUUGCUUUAAAAUGUCUUGCAUUAGAACCUAAACAUCGGCCAUCAAUGAAGGAAGUUUUGGAGAACUUGGAGCGGAUUCAGGCUGCCAAUGACAGGCCUGGAGAGCCUAGACUCCGUUCUACUCGUAACGUGGCUUCCCAUCGUGUUACCCGACCUUUGCGCCCUCGAUCUCAUUGAAUCAAUCAUUCCAUGCCAUUGGUUCUAUUGUAUUAUUUGUAUCUCCAAUUGAUUAAAGCAAUCUCAAUUCUCCAAUUUCUUUAUAGUAACGGCGAGAUUUAUACCGCUUUUGGUGGGGUGGGGCCCCCGUGGGGGAUGGAGAACAGUGAGAUUUGUACUGCUGAAUCACGUGUUACCAAACUAGCUCUGUUCAUGUAAUUCAUCACCGUUUGAGUGACAGGCUAGGCGGUAAUUAUGGUUGUUAUUUAAUUUUAAUCCCGGAUAGGCUAGCUCUGUUCA